CGCUGACAUGACUGAUUCUUAUGUAAGCUGUGGUUUAUUUUUAUGCCCUUCAACACGUAUCAGGCUAUCUAUCUGGUACAUGCGUUGCACUCAGUACCUAUCUUGACCUAAAACAUUUAGAUAYCCUUGAUUUUAGUGCAAACAUCCUAUCAGCGACAUGACACUGAGGAGGCAGCUAUAAAGGAGAGGAGUGAAGUUCUGACCUGCUUUUUGAGCAAACAAAAUGGCAUUAGAGAUAUCACUGAUCAGUGUUGGAGCUGUGUUUUUGCUCGUACUGCUGUUACUGGUGGUGAUUUCUGGUCGGAGGGACACUCGUUCACGGGGAAAGGACAAAGUAGGGGUCGAAUCUGGACUUUUGCAGCAUCUGUGUCAGUUUCUCCAUUGCUCCUCAUCCCCCUCCAUCCCAGGACCCCCCGGCCGCUUCCUCAUCGGCAACAUGAUGGAGCUGGCCCACGACCACAUGCCGAUUCACCUCACCAAUCUGGCGCAGAGAUUUGGAAACAUUUACCGCCUGAAAUGUGGAAACACAACCAUGGUGGUGCUCAGUAGUAGUGAAAUCAUAAGAGAAGCGCUGGUGAAGAAAUGGUCCGACUUUGCAGGAAGACCAGUCUCCUACACAGGUAAUAUUGUCUCUGGGGGAGGGCGCAACAUCUCUUUGGGGGACUACACUGAGGAGUGGAGGGCGCACCGUCGUCUCGUCCACAGUGCCUUGCUGCGAGGCUGCCAGCAGUCUUUGCAUGGCGUGAUCGAGAGGCAGGCUCUGCAUCUGAGAAAGGUUCUGCUGGACUAUCAUAUGAAACCUGUUGAUCUCUCAGAAGACUUCACAGUGGCAGCCAGUAACGUCAUCACCACUUUGGCUUUUGGAAAAGAAUACGAUAAGAAGUCGCCAGAGCUGCAGCAGCUGCACAACUGUCUGAACGAGAUAGUUGGUUUGUGGGGCUCCUCCUGGAUUUCUGCACUAGACUCCUUUCCACUGCUCAGAAAAUUACCAAACCCCRUGUUUGCACGUCUUCUAAAAGAAGUGGCCAGGAGGGAUGAAAUCAUAAAGCACCACCUCGAUGAUUAUAAGUUGCAAGAGAAAAAGAGCGAGCACACCAUCACAGGAUCCCUCCUCCAGGCUCUUGACAAACAUCACAACACAGAGCAUGAAGAGCCCCUGACAGAUGUUCAUGUCCACAUGGCGACUGUGGACCUUCUCAUCGGGGGAACAGAGACCACUGCGGCCUGGCUGAACUGGACCGUGGCCUUCCUGCUGCACAGACCAGAGGUGCAGACCAGAGUGUACGAAGAGCUGUGCACCGUGUUAGAGGAGCGUUAUCCCAAAUACAGCGACAGACACAGACUUCCUGUCCUGUGCUCUCUGAUCAGCGAGGUGCUCAGACUCAGACCCGUCGCCCCUUUGGCCGUCCCACACCGAGCCAUCAGAGACAGCAGCAUUGCAGGUUAUUUCAUCCCGAAGAACACAGUGAUCAUUCCUAAUCUUUUCGGCGCUCAUCAUGAUCCUGCAGUUUGGUCUGAACCGUACAGCUUCAAACCAGAACGUUUUCUGGGAGGAGAAGGUGGAGCAGCUCGUGCUCUGAUGCCUUUUGGAGGGGGAGCUCGGCUCUGCCUGGGGGAGUCUGUGGCCAAAAUGGAGCUCUUUCUGUUCACAGCCUACUUGCUGAGAGAUUUCCAGUUCGUCCUUCCUGAGGGAGAAGCAUCCCCGCCUGACCUGCGAGGGGUGGCCAGUGUGGUGCUCAAGGUCCAGGCUUACAAAGUCGUGGCACGUCCCAGGCCUUUGACUCAGGCUUGAACUGCAGUGGGUGUGGAGCUCAGUUGUUGUUUUUAUGUUUUUUUUUUAUUUUUUUGUGCUUCAUCUUUAUCCUGAAUAAAACAGGACAUGUAACAUAAUUUGUAAUCAUAGAGAAGUCAUCUUAUAAAUGCUUUUUGUGUUUUAUUAUCUGGCUGUUCUCAUUAACAAUGACAGCACCACCUAGUGGGCAAAUACUGAACACCUUUUUAAUACUCAACCACUUGUAAACAUUUUUGGGUGAUGCUGAAUUUUAAAAACAAACAAAAAAUACAAUUUUAUAAGUUUAAGUAUUUUAUUCUUGAACUUAUCAAACAUUAAAGUUUGAUUUUAUGUGGCUCUGCAGCACUGAAACCAGACAGAUCUCAAAGAUCUCUCAUGGAUUGUAAAUCAUCUCCCACCGCCUUUUAUGACAUAUUCUUUAGAUUAAGACYGUCUUAUGUUACAAUUUUGUCUAAGCUUACCAAUUUUUGGUGUUUUAUGAGGUCAGUUGGUGGUCACUUUAAAUUUGAUUGACUUCAAAAAGGUCAUCUCAGUUAAUCAUUAUUUACAGAUAAACAUUUAAUGAAUAUUUUCUGAACGUUUCAUUAAAAUUCAUUCAGUGGUUCAAAGGUUUUCUUGCUAAUCGAAAGGUUUGACUUCAAAAUGGAUAUUGAUUUUAAACAGAUUUUGUUCAAUUUGUCAAUGCUGAAAAUUUAAGGAACAGUUUCAGCUGCUGCCACAUCAAAUUUUAGGUUGAUUACUGCAGAACUGAUUUAAUGUCAAUUUUGUUUUAUGUCUGUGGCCGUCAGCCAUCUUUAACAGGUUGACUCCAAAACUUGUCCUUAAGUAAUCAUCUUAAAAAAUAUCUUAAAUCUAACCAAUAUUGCUAUCAUGGAAUUGCACUGGGUAAUCAAUUUUAGAGUUGCUUCUGGUUGUUGGAGGGAGGGGUGGAGUGUUUUAUGUAUUUUUUAUGUUUUAGUUUAUAUUAUUUUUAUUUUUCAGUUUUUCCCCCUCUCUUAUUUCUAUUUUACUGUUGGAUGCUGUUUUGUUUUUACUGUUUGAUGGGACUACAUAUGUGAACUAGCCUUGGGCCAAAUCUGGUGCAAUGCAUGAAAUUAUGUUUUAAUUGCACACUGUCCCGAAUAAAUAAAAUCAUUCUUUCAUUCAA